AUGGAUCAAUUGGCCAACCAAGUCCAAAAUGACGACAGUCCAGGCGAUCUUGCGAAAGUCGUGCAAGAGGCAUCAGCAUCGCCGUCGCCUGCAGCCAGUGACACGCCUCAAGAAUCGGAUAGUUCUGGGAGUCCUGGGUCAAAUAACGACAACAAGAGCGGUGGAGGCAUAGGCGAGUCUGGUAAAGAUAACAGCGAUAAGGUCGUUAGUUUCGAUCCGAACCUUUUCAAAGAAGGACAAGUAUUUGUGGUUGCCGAUAACCAGCGGGAGAGAAUGGUGAAUUUUGACUACGAUGAAGAGACGACCACCCUCCGAAAAGUGGUAUGGCAGGUUACCGUGGAUAACAAUAUCAAAACGCUGGGCAGCAACAUCACUUCCGGUUCUUCCAAGAGGGAGAUGAACCAAUUUCACAAUGCCACGAAGUCCUCGAUAAUACUUGACUUCACGGGUGAAACCAGCAAGUACUAUAACAAUACCAUGCAAAUCAAGGUCGAUUGGAAGAAAGAUGAUGGAAAUCAGGGCCAGACCGAAUCGAUACUCUUCACUGUCACCGACAACACAGGCAACGUAACCGAACUUCAGAAUCGCCUGACAGAGGAACAGAAAGGACAAGAAGACCCAGAAACCACCUUUCCACCAGGUCCAUCCUCAACCUCAGGGAGUACAAGCUCCACAUCAAGUGUCGGUUCUAGUGAUAGCAGCGGCGGCGGCGGAGGGCUUUCGACUGGCGCAACCGCUGGUAUUGCUGUUGGCGCUGUUAUUGGCGGUCUUCUGCUGAUAGGUGCACUGGUAUGGUUCCUCCUCCGCCGACGUCGUCGCAGCAAGCAGCCCAGCGAAGAGUACAUCACACAACAAACCUAUGCGGUGGACAAGGAAACCCAUGGCCGUAGCAGUGACUCACCCAACUCACCCUACUCAGAUGAACACCACAUGCAGCCUAUCGCCGUCGGCAAUGUUGAUCGUGGUAUUGGUUCAACUCCCCCACCUGGUCGUUCAUCUAUGGGGUCUCACGAUCGUGGAGCCAACAGUGGUGUUCAGACGCCCCAGGGCAUGUCUUCCAACGUUGCGCACCUUGUUGAAGAUGGCAUGACAGCCGAAGAAAUCCGAAGACUGGAGGAAGAGGAACGGCAGCUGGACGAUGAGAUUGAGCGCGCGGCGAGACGAUAG